UCUGAUCUCUCCUCGCAGGGGAUUAAAUCAUUCGCUGAAAGUGCUUUAAACUGUGAAGACGUGCUUGUCUUAAAUUCUUCCAAAAAAAUUUCAAAGUGUAACAAGUUGUAUGAUAGUUCUGUUUAAAGAAAUCCUUUAAAGUGAAAUAAAUUGCUUGCAAAUCUUUUGUGUGAGAUUUUCUUUCUUUUUAGCACUAUUUGCAGGUUCUUUUUUUUUACAACACUCGCCACUUCUAUUAUUUUCUCUGAGGGGUUAUUUUGAUAAUUUUGUUGCUUGCAUGAGGAAUAUUUCCUGCUUUUCAUGGGUUUUCAUGCUGUUUGGCUCUAAGGAUGGUUGCUUUAUCAUUUCAUAGCCGUUAGAUUAUAAAUCAAAAUAGUUGCUCUAUUCGACUCAAAUGCGCUGCAGUCACUUUGGAUAUGUGAACUAUUCACCUCCUUAGUGACUGCUGCAUUUGGUGGUACAAUGAUGUACUAUACCACUGCCACCGAGACUAUAAAAGGCAGCGCAGUGGUGUAAUCGGCCUCUUUUCCACAAGAAGAGGUGCUGGAAUAAGUUCUAUUAAACGAAGACGGCGGAGUGGCUGAAAACAAGGUGUCACAGUGAAUUUUACAAGAUAAUUCAUUAUUCUAUUCACAGUGCGCGAAAUAGAACAUUCAGAAAAAUAAAAAUAACAAUUAAAACACGUUCCGAUAUCAUAAAAAAUAGUAAAAAUGCCGCAAGUUAGCGCAACCAAUGGAUACUCGAACGGACACACCGUUUACGACAUGCAGGAUGGACAGAGGUUCCUCUUUUCCUCAGAAUCCGUCGGAGAGGGUCAUCCUGACAAAAUGUGUGAUCAAAUCAGCGACGCUAUCCUCGAUGCCCAUUUGGCCCAAGAUCCUAAUGCCAAAGUGGCCUGUGAGACUGUCGCCAAGACUGGCAUGAUUUUGCUAUGCGGCGAAAUUUCAUCAACAGCAGUGGUAGAUUAUCAAAAGGUUGUUCGUGAUACAGUCAAACACAUAGGAUAUGAUGAUAGCUCAAAAGGAUUCGAUUGGAAUACCCUGAAUCUCUUAGUGGCAAUUGAAGAACAAUCUGCAAAUAUUGCCGGUGGUGUCCAUGUUAAUCGAAUGGAAGAUGAUGUUGGUGCCGGUGAUCAGGGACUGAUGUUUGGCUAUGCCACGGAUGAAACUGAGGAAUGUAUGCCGUUGACGGUUGUUCUGGCACAUCGUCUCAAUCAGAAAAUUGCCCAAUUACGACGAUCGGGCGAAUUCUGGUGGGCUCGUCCUGACUCCAAGACACAGGUCACAUGUGAAUAUGUGUUCAAUGAGGGAUCAGCAAUUCCCCAACGAGUACAUACGGUUGUUGUGUCAGUGCAGCACUCUGAGAAGAUUAGCCUGGAUGAAUUGCGCAAGGAGGUCAUGGAGAAGGUGAUCAAAGAGGUGAUUCCGGAGAAGUACUUCGAUGCCAAUACAGUAGUCCACAUCAAUUCAUGUGGUCUGUUUAUUAUUGGCGGACCCAUGGGAGAUGCUGGACUUACUGGUCGUAAGAUCAUCGUAGAUACUUAUGGCGGAUGGGGUGCUCACGGUGGUGGUGCCUUCUCUGGCAAGGAUUUCACCAAGGUAGAUCGCUCAGCAGCUUAUGCUGCCAGAUGGGUGGCUAAAUCCUUGGUGAAGGCGGGAAUCUGCAAGAGAUGUCUCGUUCAAGUGUCCUACGCCAUUGGCGUAGCUGAACCCCUUUCAAUCACCGUCUUUGACUAUGGUACAUCCAAGUGGUCUCAGGAUGAACUUGUUGACAUUGUCAACAAGAAUUUUGACUUGAGGCCCGGAAAGAUUGUCAGUGCCCUCAAUCUGCGCAAUCCAAUCUACCAGAAGACAAGCUGCUACGGACACUUUGGCCGAGAUGGUUUCCCAUGGGAACAGCCCAAGGAGUUGCAGAUCAACUGAUCGAUUGAGGUUGACUACAAAAGAAUUAAGUUACAUUAAUUUCACGUGUUUUAUAAAAGUCUAUUUUAUAUAGGUAAUAUUUUUCCAUUUCGGAUUUUUAUUUCGUAGAUGCCUUAUUUUAGAAAAAGUUUUACAUUUUUUUUAUUAAAAUGUUUGAGGCUAGUUUUUUUUUUCAUUUUUACAUAUUUCCGAAAAUUUUACCGGAUUCAUGAGUUUUUGAAUAUUUUAUUUCGCUACACUAUCAGAUACGAAAAAAAUCUCACAUCUUUUUUUAGCCUCAUUCACUCUCCGUCUUCGUUUUAAGUACUAAAAAUUAUAGUGAGAGUAAGAAUUUACAAAAAUGAAAAGAAGAAUGUUUUAUUCGGAAUUUUUUUUAAUGAUUUACAAAUCUAAUUGAAAAGUUUUUGAAACGAAAUUUUAUCCAAGAUAAAAUUGUAGCUACUUAGGUUUUACUGUAAACACAGAACAUGAAAAUAAUUACAAAAAAAACCAACAAUUUAAUGCAUUAGGAAAAAUACUAUUUCAAAUAUUGUACUUGUAACUAAUGGAAUUUAUAAGUGUUCGGGAUUCUGUGUAUGAUGCUAGAUCGCAAUGUAGAUCACAGUAGGAUAAUGUCAAGUGUGAUCUCAUGUGACAUCCUGUAGAUCACAGCCUGCUGCAAUUCCCUGUGUCACUGAUGGAAUGAAUAACGAUUUUUUAAUACAAAUUGAAUUUAACUUCAAUCGUGUAACUUCAAAAUAGAAAUUACUAUUCUCAGAAAUUUGGCGAUAUUGAGAAAAUUCCCCGAAUAUUUUCACACUAUCGCUAGAGAAUGGUUCUUUUAAUUAAUGUGUAGAAAUAUUUUUUGAGAAAAAGGAAGAGAAAAAAAUAAGAAGUUGCAAUGUUUAAUUGCUAAUUUUUCCAUCAGCACAUGGUUUUGUGUUGUGUUUACGCGAAGGAUUUUAUUUGUGGGAAAGAGCCAGAGCGAAAACACACCGAUCUACAAUGUGAUUGACAAGAGUUACCUCAUCAUGUCAUGCUUUUACAGUGACGAAAUGUAUAUUUUUUUGUGCUCUAUAUUAGAAAAAAAACAAGUAGGUUUAAACAGAGAAUAUUAAAAAAAGAAAGUGACAAGGUAACUACAUGAUAUAAACAAUUAUUUCUUCAUUUGUAGUAUCUUCGAUCUGAUUUGAACCCUUUGUAUUGUGGUAUUUAGUAUUUUUUUUUAUUAUUUUUAUAUUUAUUUUUUGCAUUCGUGCCAUUUUAGCACGAUUAAAGACACUCCAAUUGUUCUCACACAAGAAUGCAUAAACAUGACGAAUGCUAACUUUCUCAGGCAAUGGAGUUUUUUUAUGGUGUUAAAUUAUUGUUUGACUAACUUGUUUGAUUCAUUACAUUUACUGAUGAGGAUACUUGCUAAUGCCAUGAAUCCCGGUAAAAAAUACAAAAAAAAUUUAAAAUUGUAAAAAAAAAUCUAAAAAAAAAAGAAUAAACAGUAGGUGGAAAAGUA